UUUCCAUGGAUCCCUUCCAUGGCAUCGUCUCGCACGCGCCGCGCCGGCAACACACAAUCCAUCGAUCUCCCUUCUCCUCCCUACCGGUUAAGAAACUUGCUUGUCGUCCACGCUCUUCUACAUGUUGUUCAGCAGGCAGGGCGAUCGGUGGGGGAUUCGGGAUUCCUAACCUUCCCUAGCUCGUCCAAGGAUUUAGGAUUCCUCCUCCUCCUCCUCCCCUGGCUAGCUUAGCCUCCUCUCCCGGCGGAGAAUUCCAUCCGAAUUAAUUCAUAAAUUAUCUCCAUUAGUCUUCUUCAGUCGGUCAGGCAGGCCCGCAAGCAAAGUUUGGAAUGCAUGCGCCAUCGCCUUAUAUAUAUCCAUGCUACGGAUGAUCGAUCGCAAACAUUGAGGCUAGGCGCUCAGCCAUCAGCCAGCAAAGCACUAGCCUGCUGACCCUUGCUGAUCUUGACCUAGAAACCACAGCACUAGCUAGCCUGCAACUGAUCAUCGAAUCGACUUGAAUCCAUGGCGAGCGGCAGGCAGGCGACCAAGCCGCAGCAGCAUGAAGCCGAGCAGGACUUCGACCCCAAGUACGAGUGGCAGGAGAACGCCGCCAGCUUCGUCCUCCGCCUCCACCUCUCCGAAGGCUUCAGGAAAGAAGAUUUCAGGGUGCAAGUCGACAGCACCGGGCGCCUGACCGUCCGCGGCCAGCGCGCCGACGGCGGCAAGCACUCGCGCUUCAGCAAGACCUUCCAGCUGCCCGCCGCCUCCAACCUCGACACCAUCGCCGGCCGCUUCGACGCGGGCGUCCUCACACUCACCGUGCCAAAGAAGGUUGUCGACGACGCCAAGCCCAAAGAGGACGUCAACAAGGCGCCGCCGUCGCCGCCGCAGGGCCAAGGCAAGCCCAAGGAGGAUGAGGCCAAGAAGCCGCAGGCGUCGCACAAGGAAGCAGCGGAGAUGACGACCGCCAAGAAGCCAAAGGACGAUACCAAGCCCAAGGAGGACGCCACCAACAAGAAGAAACCUCCUGCUCCUGCUGCUGAGCAGCAGGUGGACGCCAAGAGAGGCAAGCCAGAGCAAGAGCAGCCCAAGGCGGCGGCGCCACCGGCAACCGUGAGGAAGGAGGAAGCCAAGCCCGAGGCCGAGGCCGCCGCGCCACCACCAGCCGACAAGAAGCAGGCCGCGCCCAGGCCACCGCAGGCCGACGCCGAGAGGAAGGCGGUUGAUCCGGAGAGCCUGGCGGCGGUGACGGCGAAGCGGCGCGCCGAGGAAGAGAGGGCCAAGGCCGCGGCAGAGGAAGCGGAGCGCCAGAGGACCCGCCGCGGCCUCAGGGAGCGCGUCCAGGAGGAGUUGGAGGGGCUCGCCGGUUCGGAGUGGGCCGAGGGCUUGGUGGAGACGGUCAAGAAGAACAAGGAGGUGAUUGCCACGGCCGUCGCCGCCUUCUCCCUCGGCCUCGUCGCCAGCAGACUCUUCUGCAGGAACUAACUCAUGCAGAUUCAUGUAACUGGCAUCUCACAUAUGCAUAUUUCCCGUGGAUACAUACAAAUACAAAACUGAAAUGUAAACUUCUGCAGUGACGAAUUGACAAAGCAGAAGAAAACCUGAUUGUAAAUAAAGCAUUCAUUCAUGUACUUACAUCAAGCUCCAAGUUCGGAAA